AUGAGCAGCCGGAAGGUCGGGAUCGUGGGUAGUGGAUUGAUUGGGAGGGCGUGGGCGAUGCUCUUUGCAGCCGCCGGCUAUCGAGUUCAGCUCUACGACAUCCUGGAGAGUCAGUUGUUCACAGCACUGCAGGAACUGCAUAAGGAUCUUCACAGUCUGGAGGAGAAGGGUUCGCUAAGGGGUCAGUCGGGGGCGGCAGAACAAUUCGCCCUUAUCGAGGUCACCACAAAGCUGGAGGAGCUCACCCAUGAGGCGCUGUAUAUCCAGGAGUGUGUGCCCGAGGUCUUGCAGCUCAAACGGUCUCUCUACACUCAGUUGGAUGAGCUCUUGGGUGAGGAAACCGUGGUGGGCAGUUCGACGAGCACCUUUAUGCCGUCACUUUAUAGUGAGGGGCUAAACAGGAAAAAGCAGAUGCUGGUGGCUCAUCCUCUCAAUCCUCCGUACUUCAUACCCUUGGUGGAGAUUGUGCCCGCACCCUGGACAUCCCCUGAGGCAGUGGAACGUACUCACUCCCUGAUGCUAAGCGUAGGCCAACGUCCGGUGACUCUAAAGAGGGAAAUCCAGGGAUUUGCCACCAAUCGGAUACAAUAUGCGAUCCUCAACGAAGUGUGGCGUUUGGUGGCUUCCGGUAUACUCAGUGUGGCGGAUGUGGAUCGAGUGCUGAGCCAGGGAUUGGGAUUACGCUACGCUCUCCUGGGAUCCCUGGAAACGGCUCAUCUGAAUGCUCCAGGCGGUGUGGCCGAUUAUUUCCAGCGAUUUGGUGGUGAAAUCUCGGCUGUGAGUGCCACUUAUGGAGCAACGCCAGACACGCAAGGCGAUAAGGUAACCCUCGAGGAGAUUGCCCGGCAGUGUGAGGAGCUGGUGCCGCUGGAAGCUCUCGAGGCAAGGAGAGCCACCCGCGAUAAAUUCCUUACACAGCUGGCCAAACUAAAGAAGCAGUUUGAAUAG